AUGGAAUUGAUCAAACAGAAACCGGCCAAGUGGGCAAGGACAAGCACCGAAAAGACGAGGACAGGUUGCAUCACCUGCAAAAAGCGCCAUGUCAAGUGCGACGAAGCCAAACCGUCUUGUGGCAAUUGUCUCAAGAGACAAGGCUAUUGCGAAGGCUACGCAACGAGACCAAAGACGAAGAAGAAGCUGCCAGGCCUGCUUUCUUGGAACUCCAAGGAGAGAAACCCCGCCAACGAUGCUGCUCAACCUUAUCCCGCGCUUCAGCUUCUAGUGGACCCAGACUCCUUGGACCCUCAAGAUCAAACUGGAAUGCCCUACUUCUUGGAGUUCAUAUCGCUGGCACAGGGCCCCUGGGUCACUGCGAUCUCCAGCGAUGACCUAUGGACUGCCAUGAUACCACAGAUUUCAACGAAUAAUGAGACGCUCCGGUGUGCCGCAAACGCAAUUGGUGCCCUGAGUAUAUGGCGCCAGCAAUCUAGUGGAAGGCUGACUGGUCAAGUUUGUGCGCCAGAAAAUCCAGACACCGCGGAAGACAGACAUUACUUUGAAGCAAUUGCCUAUUACUGCCGCGCGCUCAAGAAUGUCCAAGAGGAAACAUCGUCGCAGGGAACGAUACUCUUGUCGGUAAUGCUUCUUCUCUUUGAACUUCUCCGAGGCAAUAAGAAGGUUGCUUUGGAUCACGUCAAUCACGGACUAGCCGUCUUGUUGACUUUACUAACCGAUGAGAACUCUCAACGCUUCAUUGACAACUUUGCUCCAAAUCCAAGGCCGAUUCUCGGAGCUAUCGCGGACACCUUUAUCAGCCUAACAACCAACACCCGCGCCAUCCUUCGCGGCCGAAUCGACCAAGGCCCCUCCCUACCCAACCUAGUUCGAGGAUUGAAGACAAGAAAAGAGACCGUGUCAUCAUUUGUAACCCGUUUGAGUCAGUUGCAUGGCUCUCAUACCGUCUUUGACCAGGUACCACCCGUGUACGAGAGUCUCGAGGAAUUCGAGGAACACUGGACGGCUGUUCGACGCCGGCAGACCACCAUGACUGUAAUCAUGCUCGAAGCCCUACAAGAUUUUCGACAGUCCGAACAUGAUUCUAUCAACCAAUUUUUCACCGAGCUGUGCGAGAACCCACGGAUUCACGAGUUCUGUCAGCACUCGGUCGAAGUAGUCCAAGAGCUAUACGCUGCAUUCUCACCUCUGUUCAACAAAAUCAUCAUGGGUGACAUGAAAUCUCCGGCUUACCUCAAAGCGAUUCAUCUACGUAUGGCAUUAAUAGGUGUUCAGAUCUUUGAGGACCCUCCGCGCAUGCUUGAUGUUGCAUCAGUACAAUCACAAACACCACUGUACCACGAAUUUCUAUCUUUAGCCAGCUCCGCUAUCCAGGUGGCCAAGCAGGAAAUAACCAACCCAGCCCACCAAGUCUCACUGCAGAGCACCCUGGCGUGGAACCUCUUUGUCGCCUCCUACUUCUGUCGCGAUCCUCUAGCGCGUGAUCAGGCCAUGUGGAUGUUGCGCGACUACCCUGGCCAGGACGGGCUUUGGGACGUACAGAGUCUAUUUGCCCUGGCGCAGCGAAAUCGAGACGUGGAACGAGCCAACACCGUACAGGGUACAAUGGCAGAGCAGUGGCGUCGGCUGUUGCGCCGAGAACUUCUCUUUGAGGACGGUGGAGAUCGUGUUGUUUUUCGCUACCUCGAAAUGGAUGUACAAUCUAGCGAGUGGAAGCUGGUCGAAGAGGUUGCCGACAUUGCUGACACAGUAACUGGAGAGGUUGUCUGGACAAGGCGGCCGCUCACGGGAAAAGGUGGAAUGCUCAUGUUUGAAUUAUAUGAGAAUUGA